UUAUUAGUACCACAUUGGUACCGAUUCCGUUGCACUAUAGCCUAAACCUAAACUAAAUUUUAGAUUCUUUAAUUUUAGUUUCUCUAUCUCUAAGUCGCAUUCCAUUUUCGGCUUCAACUAAAUUUAAAUACCCUAAAUGGCCCUCUAAAAUGACGUUUGAGUUGAAUAGUAAGUGUUGCCAUUUCAGAUAACAAGAACUGCACAAAUGUUGUUUGAUUUUCCCCAUUACUCUUAAAAAUAUUUUUAGCGAAAAAUAUCGAACGAUGUUUCUUGAAAUACAAAAAUAAUAAUUUAUUUCAUUUAUUUUUCUCCAAUCACGAUAUGAAUGCACAGAUGAAGUGCCGAAAAUUGAUAAUUUUGUUCAUUUUAUAGUGUGAAGUAAUCGUUAAAUCUUUGAUUAUUUGUCUAUACUCUGUAAUGUUCUGUUAUGUCUAUACUCUAUGUUCACUGUAGUGACCAGCACCAGUGACCACUGAGCCAUCGUAUAGGUAGUCUAACAAUUUUUUCCGCAAUCAUGAAUAAUAAUAAUAUUGUGGAGCGCCCGGAGCGCCAAGCCCGUAAACGGGCAAAUAAGAAACAGCGGGAGUACUUAGUAGAGAAGCUCCAUGCUAAUAUAGAAAUCGCGAGGGAAAACACAGCACUUCGAGAAGUGGUUGAUUUUUGGGCAGAGCUAAGCAAUGAGCUUAACCAGCUGGGAUGCUGCAGGACAGUACAGGAGUGGCAGCAUAUUUGGAAUUUGUGGGUCUCCAAAGUAAAAAUUAAGGCUCGAAAGGUGCGAGACACCAUCAGGGCGACUGGUGGUGGGCCAGCAGGAGCAGGCCUUACAGAUAUUGAGGAGAAAAUCCUUGAUAUUGUGGGGUCUGCUUCUGUAGAUGGAUUCGUCAAUCUAGAAGCGGCCUUGCCACCAAGUCCUGGUGUAGUGCCACCUGGAGAGCCUUUACAUGAAGUGCUGCCCCCUGUGCACCCAGAAUCACCAGUCUACAAUGAAGCUGAAGUACAAUCUACUCCAAGAAUUCAAAAUUCUUCCCGGGUACAUAGCCCCCAUCGACAACAACGACAUCGAACAAGGCCCCAUCGACGUCCCCGCCCACCAGUUCAUGGCAGCUUAGUGGCUAGCCUUAAUGAGAACAAUAGAUUGUUAAGAGAAACAAUAGGUACUGCAGCAGAAAGUAUUGCAGCUGCUAUGAGAGACAGCAGUGCAGCCAUGGUGCGUGCAUCUGAGAUCAUAGCAGCAGCAAUACAGUCAGCUGGAGUACCAGUUUUCAUUCAACAGAAUGAAAAUAAUACUAAUUAAUAAAUUAAUUUAUUACAUAGUAUUAUUUUCAUUCUGUUGAAUGAAAUGCACCUAUUUAAUCUAAUAAUAUUAUAAAUGUGAAAGUGUGGAUGUUUGUCCUC